CACACACAUAUUUCAGAUACUGCUUGAUCCUUCCACAGAACAUUAUCUCAUCUAAUCCUCACUAUUUCCCUGUGAAAUACUUUAUAUUAUUCCCAUUUACAAUUCCUCAAAUGCCCAAAUUUUUAUUCAUCUCCUCAGCUUUUAUAUGUCCUAUUCCCUCCAUCUGGAGUGGUUUUACUCCUACUCUUUGCCUAAUGAGUCCUUACUUGUCCUUCAGAGCUCCUCUCAGAUGUUACAACAUAAAGGAAGCCUUCUUUAUUUUGGUUUGUUUCCUUACUACACACUAUAAUAACACACUGUAUCUUAAUAAGCACAAGAAAUUAUGUGAUUAGUUAUUUAAAUCUGUCAUUUAUGUCCAAGUGUGAGCCCCAUGAGGAUAGGAACUAUAUCUGUGUCAUUUUUCUGGAUUAUUUAUAUGCCAAGUAUGUGCAGUUCCUUACACACAGGUACUCAGUAAAUAAUCAAUGUGCCAUUGUGGCAAAUGAAUGCCAUAGUCAGGAGUUGAGUGUUUGUGUAAUAUAACCUCAAAAACUUCUUUCUUUAAAUCCACCAUACCCAGAACCCAACAGGAAGUUUCUUAGUGAUAUUACCCAAGAGGCUCUUCCUUGUCUCUAUUUCAGUUCUAGAUUGGCUAUCUCACUAGUAUAAGUUAUCCAUUAACCCUGGCUCGGGUGUGGCUCUCAGAUAGGGAACUGAAAGUCUUCAACAAGCCUCUCCAGCUGUGUGUGGGUGAGCUCUACAGAAGUCUCCCCCUUUCUGAGCAGCUGCUUUGAGGACAGGUGGAAGAAAAGACUCCACUUCCCGUUAAGUAACUUUACGUGAGGACACAUCUGGUUUACCAGGGUUUCUGACUUCCUGCUGAACUGAAUUGCUUGUUCUGUAGGAAAGCAAAACUUGACUGCAAACAUACAUCUAAAAUGAAGAGCCCCCAAACUUUUGAGGAGCAAACAGAAUGCAUAGUGGAUUCUCUCCUCGCUGACUUCUUAGGCCCCGCUUGGCAGGUUGGUAACCGGACCUUACAAAGUGAAGACAGAACAGAUUCAGGGGAGGUUUCCUCUUUUGAUGUGGCCAUCAUUGCGGGUCGCCUUCGGAUGCUGGGUGACAAAUUCAAUGGAGAAUUGGAAGCUUCUGCCAAAAAUGUCAUCGCAGAAACCAUUCGGGGACAGGCAGGAACUGUACUUCAGAACACAGUAAAAUCGCUCAGCAAUGCCUGGUGUGCCCAAGAUUCCAGUUUGGCUUACGAGAGAGCCUUUCUGGCAGUGUCAGUGAAACUUCUUGAACGUGUGGCCAGCAUGGCUCCUGAGGUGGCAAGACAGGUGGCGAGGCCCCUGACGAAUAUGAUCAAUGGCAACACUGCCAUCCGAGAAUACAUCCAGGGCCAGGGAGGAUGGGAAAAUCUGGAGGGCUGAAGAAGAGAUGGAGCUGUUUCCCAGCCUGAACAGGACUUCUUUGCCUGAUUGGAUGAUUACCUCUGCUGAUUAAAAUCAAGAAACAACCAAAUUAAAAUGCUCUUUCUCU